GAAAAAAAUACGAGACUGUCUGGUAAAACAAACACAUUUUUUUUGGGUUUCUCGUUUUUUUUUAGAAAAUAAUUUCAUUGCAUACGAAACGAAAAUAUUUACGAAUCGCCUAGCUACGCUGUAUUUUUGGCGGGUACUUAACAACAUCUUAUAUUGUAUGUGGUAAAGAGUGUCCAGUUAUAUUGAAAUCAAGGUUUUAAGCUUUAAGCUGAGUAUGCCAGAUCACUUGAUGAGUCAGCCAGAGCGUGUUUCCCUGCAACCACCAAAAUUGAGUGUAGCUGGCCCAUCGUUUGGCGGAAGCACUUUUUGGCAACGCAGGGAAGACAUAUUUAAACGCCUUCAACAGAGCGCAGAAAAGUGUAGGCAGCAUUAUAGUGGACGCAAAGAAUUAGCCACGGAAAACGAUGACAAUGUGGCAGAAUUGUGUGAGGCUUUAGAGGAUGCAUUUUCAUAUGGGUUGAAGCAACAGCAUUCAGUGGUUGCGCUAACUGCAGCUAGUUUAUUCCAAAACAUGCACGAGAUUGUGACGGGAAGCAGCUCCACUUUAAACGAUAAUAGCGGUGAUGUCACAUUUUGGGAUUUUUGUCAAAUACAUUUGACUGCACAUGAGCGCGAACGAUACCUGACACUCAAACAUAUUUGGACAAAGUGCGGACUUGGCAAGGCCUUUAUACGCGCAACGCUUAACGAGAAUUCGCUACAGCGAUAUCUUCUAACAUGGCUAGACGCAGUAGAAGAUUUGCGUCAAUACUAUACACAAUGGUCUCUGUUAUUGGACGCCACUGCUAGCAAAGAGUUGCCACAAAUAAUAGGCUCGUUACAUGAUGUGCUUUUCGCAUUGACGGUAAAUUCCACGGAAUUGAAUGCGCCAACACGUAUUACACCGUUGUUGCCCCAUAAAGAAGAGCCGGUUAUAUACGCGCCUACACCUUUACCUGCUGGUUUAGGUAAAAAUAAACGCAAAUCCCAUCCGGUAGAACGUCCUAUUGCCACUGCCAACUCCACAGAGGAUUUAAUAAAAGCUAUUAAUGAGGUAACUAAGUUGGAAAUUCAAAAAUCUUCCUUAGAUACUUUUGAGGCUAUGGUAGAGCUACCUGUACAAGAAGAAGUAGAAACCACACCACCAGAUCCGAUCGAGCCGGAAUUGGAAUUCCUUAAAGAGCCCUUACCUGAUAUUUAUACGUCAGCAGAAACUCAAAGCGGUCAACAGGAGUCUACAGCUGAUGACACUACCUCAGUAGAUCAAAACGGUGUUAGUGAUAAAACCACCACAGUGGGCGAGCACGAGUAUGAAGAUAAGAGUGACACCUCAUCGCAAUAUAGUAAAUCGUCUUCCGCAAAUUGCACUGUUAAUCAUGCAGCGAUGGAAGAGCGUUUACGUGAAAUGGAAGAACGUUGCACGCUAUUAGAGACACGGGUAGCACAGCUCACACGUGAGAACCGUCAACUUGUCCGGCGCUUAACACAAAACUUCAAUGGGCUUGCCAUUGACCCCUCAGCUUCACUGGCUACCAAUUUUCUCAUUACCAUUCCAACGGCAGAAUUGAAGAAAACAAAGCACGGUACAUCGUAUUACGCAUACGAGAUACACAUUACAAUGCGUCAAAACUUGGAGCAUUGGUCAGUGCUGCGACGCUAUAGGGACUUCCAUAAAUUGCAUAAAUCACUGUUACAUACGCAUCCAUCCGUGUCGUCAGUUGAAUUCCCACCCAAAAAACAUUUUGGUAAUAUGAACUUGGCAUUUGUAGAGGAGCGUCGUCAGCAAUUGCAGAUUUAUUUGUUAAAUGUUGUGGAGACAUUGCCACAAUUGGAUGCAUGCAAAUCGAAAGCGGAAUUGCAGCGGGUUUUUCCUUUUCUGCGCGAGCGGUAACGUGGCAACUGGAAAAUGUAUAGAGGUUUCGAUUGGUAGUAUUUAAUUGUUAUUUCUCCCUCAAAUGUUAUUGGUAAAUGGCGAAACUUAUCCUUUUGUAUCAACAUCCAGUUGUAUUUUGUUACUCUUUUCGAUAUUAUAAACAUACAUUUGUAUAUAUGAA